AUGAUAUUAACCCAACGAGCGUCCCAGACAGUUUACAAAGAUCUGCUCGAAUCAGAUACCAUUCACAUAGAAAAACUCAAGCAACAAGUACAAAAGAAUUCUAUUAUCGCUGAAUUCAAACCAUUCUGUUGGAAAAUCUUAUUAGGAAUCAAAUCUCCCUAUCGUUCAACACGUUCUUAUGUUGAUCAAGCGAAUUCUGAGAUUUAUAAACGUUUUCAUACAACUUUAACAACUUGCCGAGUAAUUCAAAAUGAUACACCUAUCGCUCAACAAUUCCUCUCAAUGUAUUUGCUGGAUUCACAUGGAAUAAAAAUGUCUCUGAUAUCAACAAAAGAAUACGAAUCGUUCUUGUCAAUCGCAAAUUUUAUUUGCUCGUUUCUUGAUAAUGAUAAUGAACAACGACUGGAGACUACGGCUGAAUGUUGGCUAAUGACAUGUAGAAUUUAUGAUAAUUUUGUUCAAUUAACUCGACGUUUAGCUUUGCUCCGAUACCAUGUCGGUAAAAAUGCACAAAAAGAAUUUCUCUAUGAACCGAAGUUAUUACUUCAUUUAAAUACACAUAAUAUAUUCGCAUUUAUACCGGAAAAUUGGCUGAAAGAUGGUUUCCAAUUGAUUAGAGAUGAUAUUUCUCUGCUAAAUAUUUGGGAAAAAUUUUUAGCCGGUAGCGAAUAUAUCUUUGUGUUUUUAACACUUCAUAUUCUUCAUCACUGCCGGUUGAAAUUGUUGAAUUUCUAUUCAACGAAAGAAAUGAUACAAUACCUGACUGAUCUCAAAAUUGAUGAUCAAGCAGCUUGUGAACACAUAGUCAUUGCAUCUAUUGCCUCAUGGAAGAAACAGGGUGGUUCUGAACUUGAUUUUCCUCCCAUGCAGAAUUGA